UCGUGGGGCCGCAAGUGAGCUAGCCAUGGAUCUCGAGUCGUUGGCGUUUGCUCGCCACGAGCAGUUGAGGGACAUCUGCCGGGGGCUGCAUCUCCCCACCGGUGGUGCACGCUCUGAUCUUGUGCGGCGGAUCCUCUCCGUAUCGCACAGCAGUGCGCGGAUGGAUCGGGAGAUCGACACUGAGUUCGAGGAGGUGGCCCCGGAUGAUGAGGAGCUCACUGGCUUACCUGAUGCUGCUACCAGGUCGACGCUCCCUUCUCCACCCAUGGAUUUGUUUCGUCCCGCACCGUCUCCGAAACCUCGCUUGCCGAAAGUAAGUGAUAAUCCUUAUUUCGGCAACAGUAUUGUGAGCAACAAAUUAGAUUACAACAGUGAGCAGUCCUUUGCAAUGAACCAGUCGCAGUUUCAGGCCAAUCAGGGUUCUGCUCCUACUACUAGUCCUAGUACUUACCAUACGCAUGACGCACCUGCACUGGCUUCCGCUAGCCGUCGUACUCGUACUGGGCGUACACAUAGCCAUACUAAGGUUGCAUGCUCUACUCCGGAGCCAAAAGCGGUCCACGUCCACCGUCAGCCCGUACAUGUCGCUUUUGGUGAGGAUCCCGUGUAUGGAGACCCUCGGCCUAGUAGUAGUACGCACGAACUGAGUGAUCAGGCGCAGGCCAGCGCUAGUCGUACACGUACACCCGCAGGUCCGCAUGCCCCGCACGUGCACAUCGAUCCUGCUGCUGAGACCCCUGAGGCUGAGGCUGAGGCUGAACACGAACAGCGUUCCGCCACCGAUGUCGAUGUCGAUGUCGAUGUCGACUCGCCGUCCCAGCUGUCGAUGCUCACGCAGUUGGUCACGCAAAUGGCGCAAGUGCAACUCACUCAGGCCACACGGCGAUUCUCUCAGAAGGUGCCACUGGCUAAACUGCGCCCUGGGGACGAUGUUGAGGCAUUCCUCACCAGUUUCGAACGAUCCAUGCGGGCGUACAGAGUUCCUCCGGACGAUUGGGUCUAUUUGCUAAGCCCCCAGCUGACUGACAAGGCCUUGUUGGCUUACACGGAACUUGCCUCCACUGAGGCUGACAGCUACGACCGCGUGAAGGAGGCCAUUCUCCAUCGCUAUGCCGUUACCCCCGAAACGAGCCGCCGUAAAUUUCGGGGCACUACGCUGCAGAGCUCGGAGUCCAUGAUUGACUUCGCCGUCCGUGUCCGUGACACUGGCAGUCGUUGGCUAAGCCCCGCAUCCUCGCGCGAAGCCAUAUGUGAGUUGAUCCUACUGGAACAGUUCUUGUCUGCGCUUCCUUUUGGUUUACGCACUUGGCUGCGGGAACGCAAACCGUCGUCCCUCGACCAGGCUGCUUCGCUAGCGCAGGACUAUCUUGACGCACGGGAUCGCGUACAGGAGCCCAGCAGUGGUCGUCUCAGCAGCGGCAGGGAACAGUCUCUUGUCUGCCACAUUUGCCAGCAGCGUGGCCACAUGGCCAGGGAUUGUUCUAAGCGACGGGCACCAUUGCCGAACACUGACGCACGUGCCCAGGUGCAGGGGUCAUUUGCGUCACCCCGAGACCGGACGUCCGAGUCAUCCAACCUUGCUCGAGUUCACUGGGCUGCACCAACCUCAGGCUCAGCGCGGGACCGGCCAGUAUCUUCCUCAGCUAACCCCAGUCAGACCCACUUGUCAUCUGACCGCCCAGUGACUUCUCGUCCUGACCGUCCCACACCACCACCGAGACGCCCCAUGUCGCAGCCGCAUUGCUAUAAUUGUCGUGAGCUGGGACAUAUUGCUAUUAAGUGUCCGAAUCACACUCGCACCGCUCUGUUUUCCAGCCCAGAUCAGGAAGUCCAAGAUGCUGGUACAGUUCAUUUGCUGCCGGAUGAGGAUGAUCUGCUGGGUGAAGCAUAUUUCUGCUCACCCCCUCCACCUGUAGACUCUGGUCGGUUGCCCCCCGCUAAUCCCAGCGCCGCCAUGGGACCAGCACCGGAGUACACCGUCGCUGGGUACGUGAAUGGUACCCACGUCCCGAGCAUCGUUGUUGAUACCGCGUGUGGCCGCACCAUGGUACACAGGACCUUGGUCCGGGACCAAGAUUUGUCUGGUGAGACUACCUCCAUUCGUUGUGCCCACGGUGAUGUGGCCAGUUACCCCAUGGCCGAUCUGACCAUCACCAUCGACGGCAUGGUGUACUAUGUCAAGGCAGCAGUGUCCGAGCACCUGCCCCGUCACGUGUUGCUUGGCCGUGAUGUGCCCCACAUACAUGAGUUGGUCCGGCUGUGUCAGCCAGCCGCCACGGACGUCUUGGUCUCUACGCGUGCACAGGCCAAGGCUUCACCUGAGUCGACUGGUGCUGCUGGUUUGCACGACAUCUUCCCGUUCGAGGAUGAACUGUUUGAGGAGUUGGCCUCGAAUGCAGCUUCUUUGCGUGCACCGCCGGCGGACCUAUCUAGCACACCGGAGGUGACACCGCCACCUAUCUCUGCACCCGAUUUGCCAGAUGCCACCCGUUUCGCCGACGAGCAACGGCGUGACCGAUCUCUUAGCCCAUGUUGGGACUAUGCUACUGGCCGACACAAGACGCCCGUCAAUGGCAGUACCUUCUGUGUUCGCCAGGGCCUCCUCUACCGGGAAUACUCACCGGAUGGUGAAGCGGGGAUGGACACCACCAGCCCCUACUACCGCCUUCAGUUGGUUCUGCCCACGAAACGGAGAUCCACCAUUCUGCACCUCGGCCACACCGUCCCCAUGGCUGGCCACAUGGGACAGGCGAAGACAUCCCAGAGGAUUCUUCUCCGUUUCUGGUGGCCGACGAUUCUUCAAGAUGUCGCACAGUAUUGUUCCGCCUGUGAACCAUGUCAGCGCACCGCCCGUGUUCUGCGUCAUGAUCGGGCACCACUUAUUCCUCUUCCUGUUCUUGGCGAGCCCUUCCGGGUGGUAGCUAUUGACAUUAUCGGCCCAUUGCAGUGUACGCAGUCCGGCAAGAAGUACAUCCUCACCUUGGUGGAUUAUGCAACCCGCUAUCCGGAGGCAGUCGCUCUUUCCAAUAUUGAGUCGACUACCGUGGCUGAUGCGUUGAUCUCCAUCUUUUCCAGAGUAGGACUGCCAGACAAAAUCCUCUCCGACCAAGGCUCCAACUUUACAUCGGACGUCCUCCGACAAGUUGCUGCUUUACUCCGUAUCCAGCUUACCACAUCCACUCCGUACCAUCAACAGACCAAUGGCCUCGUCGAACGGUUCAAUGGUACCCUCAAGGGUAUGCUUCGUCGGUUUGCUGCUGAUGCGCCACGAAGUUGGGACGAGGUGCUCCCAUAUGCUUUAUUUGCGUAUCGAGAGGUGCCUCAAGCCAGCACUGGUUUCUCACCAUUUGAGCUCCUGUACGGCCGCCAUGUCCGCGGCCCGCUGGAUCUCGUGCGCGAUGCUUGGGCUCAGCCAACGGAGGAGCUCCGGACCACUACUGCCCAGUUCGUCCUCACCAUGCGGGACCGGCUUGAACGCAUAUCGACUGAGGCUGGCUCCCACCUUGCCACCGCGCCGCAACGGCAGAAGGCCUACUAUGACCGCCUGAGUCGGGAACGCACAUUUGCUCCGGGAGACGAGGUACUGCUCUUGCUUCCGGCUUCGGCUCGCAAAAUGGAAGCCGUGUGGCAAGGCCCUUACCCUAUUCGGCGUAAGGUCGACAAGGUCAAUUAUGAGAUUGACAUGGGACCCCACCGCACGAAGCGAUAUCGGGUUUUCCACAUCAACCUCCUGCGGCGUUUUCGCCGGCCCCAGCUCGCGGCCUUCACCGUUCCUAUGGCGGAGGACGACCCAGACACGGAGCUGCUGCUUGACGACUGCUCCCCUCUACACGUUGAUGGUGGCCGUCCUACCAUUAACCCCGACCUUUCGCCGGACCAGCGGCAACAGCUCGACAUGCUGCUAUCGGAGUUUGAGGAUACCCUCUCACCCCAGCCUGGCCAAACGACCGUGGUGGCUCACUCCAUCCACACUGGCGACGCCACACCCAUUCGUUCCCGGCCAUAUCGUCUUGCCGCUGCGCACCAUUCUGUUGUCCGCGAUGCCGUCGACGAAAUGCUGGACAUGGGCGUCAUACGCGCAUCCCGCAGUCCGUGGUCUUCACCCGUUGUGCUUGUGCCGAAGAAGGACGACUCGAUCCGCUUCUGUGUCGACUACCGUGCCCUUAAUCAGGUGGCCCAGUUCGACUGUUACCCGAUGCCGCGGGUGGACGAGAUCCUCGACUCUGUCGGGUCUGCCCAGUUUCUCUCCACCCUUGACCUGUCCAGGGGGUAUUGGCAGAUCCCUCUGGCAGAGGAUGCGUGUGCCAAGACGGCCUUCACCACACCGUUUGGCCUGUACGAGUUCACUAUGAUGCCAUUCGGGCUCCAUGGAGCGCCUGCAACAUUUCAGCAUUGCAUGGAUACCGUCUUGGCUGGUCUCCCGUUUGUCCUGGCGUAUUUGGACGAUGUCGUCAUCUUCAGUCCGACUUUUGAGGACCAUCUUGUCCAGCUCCGCCACGUUCUUGGUCGCCUUCACGACGCUGGGCUCACUGUGAAGCCGAAGAAGUGUUUAUUGGGUAUGGUCGAAACUCCCUUCCUUGGCCAUGUGAUUGGUCAUGGUCGGGUGCGUGCGGACCCUGGCAAGUUGCAAGCUAUCGACGAUUGGCGACAGCCCACGACCAAGAAGGCCCUGCGUUCCUUCCUGGGGUUGUGCGGCUACUAUCGUCGCCUCAUUCCUCACUUUUCAACCAUCGCGGAGCCCUUGGAAGCCAUGACGUCGAAGGGCCACCCCAACACCCUCCACUGGACGACCUCAGCUGCACAGGCCUUCUAUCAAUUGAAAGGCCUCCUUGUCUCCGACCCGGUCAUUGUUGCGCCGAACUUUGCUGCGGAGUUCUACCUGCACACGGACGCGUCCGAUGUUGGUUUGGGCGCUGUCCUGACCCAGCGUGAUGCCCAGGGCACCGAACACCCCGUAGCAUAUGCCAGUCGCAAGCUCCUCGACCGUGAACGCCGUUAUGCCACCAUCGAGAAGGAGUGUCUCGCCCUCAAGUGGGCCAUUCUCAAAUUCGCUCCGUAUCUCCUCGGCAGACGCUUCACCUUGAUUACCGACCACCGCCCUCUUCAAUGGAUCGCUCAGCAUCAUAGUGGCAAUGCUCGGGUGGCCCGAUGGGCCAUUGCUCUGCAGCCGUUCGCUUUCACCGUUGUGCACCGGCCUGGCGCUCUCAAUGGCAACGCCGAUGCAUUGUCCCGCCAGAUGUGACUUUCUUCUCCUGCUGUGUUGCUCCUAGCUUCUUCGUCUAUUGUUUCUCUCUUCAUUUAGUCAUUGUCCCAGAUGGUAUCUCGGACCGGAGAAGGGGAAUGGUGUGAUGAUAUUGUACCUUUAUAUCCUUUAGUGCCGUUACAUUCUAUAUCUAUUGUUUCUCGUUUAGUCAAUGUCACAGAUGGUAUCUGUGACCGGAGAAGGGGAAUGGUGUGAUGAUAUUGGAACUAUAUCAUUUGGUGCCAUUAAAUAUCCCUAUACAUAUACAUAUACAGUAACUAUAACCUUCACAUCCUCAUAUUUACACCUGUCCAUAUAUGACAUUAGAAUAGCAUGCUGCGUACUACUUCCCGUACUACCGGUACCUUUUCUAGUACUCACAUAUUGUACAACUUUACACACCAAGAUAAAAUAACAAGGAUGACAGCCCUUCAGGGUUAGUUGUCGGUUAGCCGGACAAGAGUGGGUUGUUGGUGUGUCCUCCCCUAGGCCCUUCACAACCCCAUGCCCUAUUAGGAGAUCCUAGUACACACCGUGCCCUAGUAUGAGAUCCCAGUACACACCAUGCCCUAUUAUGAGAUCCCAUAACACCACUGAACUAGUGAACAUUUACACCGAUAGAGUACUUCGCUCAGCCGCAUGCUUGAAUUGCUUCAUUUCCCUGUGCCGCCGGUCCUGCCGUGACUUUCUGCUAUUGUAAACUGAUGUGUGCUGUGUGCUGUGUGUGCUGUGUGCUGUGUGAUGUGUGCUGUGUGAUGUGUGCUGUGUGCCGUGUGAUGUGUGAUG